UUUCUCUUUCCCUAUUCUUCCACCCUGGCAUACUCGUCCGUACUCUGUCCCUCCUUUCUCUCUCCUCGAUUCCACUUUACCGGUUACCCCUUCACCCGGUCACCCAAUUACUACAAUACUCUAUUACUAUUACCAUUACUAUUACGAAUUUACUAUUCCCUCUUCUCCUUUCUCUCUCUCACCACACGUGUGUUGCCCUCUCCUCUGUGAGGAGGAGCCUGCCUUGCACUGUUCCAUCCAUGACCCUCCGCACGUGCCACCUCUCCCUUACUAUUCCUUCUUUCUGUGGUGCAACGCAAUAAAAGUUGAAGAGAGAGAGAAACCAAGAAAACACAAGCUACACACACAGAGAGUGAUAAAGAGAAAUAGAGAGAGAGAGAGAAACACCAUUUUUUAUUUUCUUCUCUAUGUCUCUCUCUCUUCUUCGUUGUGUUCUGUAAUUUAUUUACAGUAUGAAUCUUCUGCUUGAUUUUUAUUCAUAUUAAUUAUAUAAUUAUAUAAAUUUGACUGUGGAAGAGAUCAUCUUUGUUUCUUUUCUUCUUCUUCAUCUUUUUCUGUUACAAAAUCUAUUGGGAUAAACCCAGCAGACCCAAUCUUAUCUUCAACCGAUGAGGAUCCGGAAAAGGCAGGCGCCGUUUCCUCUCUCUUCACUCUCGCCAGUACCUAUCUCAGAUCCCCUCAUCAACCUCAACCAGCCACCAUCGGUGGUGGUGCAACUCCACCACUACGAUCCCUCUCAAAACGACGCCGUUAACCCACAUCCACAUGGGAAUCCUUCUCAGGAACCUUUUCGAGAUACCCACGUCGCUCCUCUGCCGUCUGAUCGUCCCAUGAAUCAUCAUCUAUCGCCGAUCGGGACAGGAAAUAUAAACAGAAGCACCGACGGCUGUGAUUUUUCUGAUGCCGACCAUAGGGCUGAUGAUCACAAGGAUACGAUGAACAAGAAGAAAAAGAAGGAGGAUCGUUUGGAAUUAAUUUUUAAAGAGGGAGAAGAUAAUAAGGGUAAUGAUAUCAGCAUGGGAAGCACCCCGAGUGCAGAAGCAGAUUCAAUGUUUCAUUUUCCGGAGUCAACCAAUUCUACUUCUUCUCCACAAGUGAUGAUGAGAAAGUCGUAUUGGUGCGAAGGAGAGAAGGUUUUCCCACUGAAAAAGAGAAGAGGGAGUUUUCUACGAGAAGAAGAUCAAACAAGUACAUUAAUCGUGGUUGAUGAAGAUGGUCAUGAUCAUCAUAAGGAACUACAUAAGAAGACCACCACCAACGUGAAGACAGUCAAAGCUAAAGCAACCCACAAGAAAGAAUGUAAUUCUUCUCGUAAAAACGACGACAUUUCGAACGAUCAUCAUCAAUAUGAUGAUCAAGAAGAAAAAGAAAUUCAAGCCCAUCGUCAUCAUCAAUAUCAGCUUGGUAGUAACAGCAGUGGAAAAAGCAACAAAAAGGCUCGAGGUGGUGCAGUAGUGGAGGGUUCGAGGUGCAGUCGUGUUAACGGAAGAGGGUGGAGGUGUUGCCAGCAAACCCUCGUGGGUUACUCUCUUUGCGAGCAUCAUUUGGGCAAAGGACGGCUUCGGAGCAUGACCAGCGUCCGGAGCCGGUCCAUGUUGGCUAGAUCAUCAUCACCAGCAGCUGCAACUGCGAUAACAGCAGCCCAGACGGGUCCAUUACAUGAGGCUGAGGGGGAGAAAGAGACGAAGCUUUGUGAUAAUGUUGAGAGAAUAAGAGAUAGUAUUAUAUUCAAUGAAGAAGAUGAUGAUGAUGAUGAUGAUGAUGGUUACGAUGACGAUGACGAUGAAGAUUACGGAGAACAUGAUUACGAGAAGAAUAAGAAAAAGAAGAAGCCAUUGAAGAUUGCGAAGAAGAGGGUUAAGCUCGGGAUGGUUAAGGCUCGAUCUAUCAGCAGCUUACUUGGUCAGACGAACAGUAGUAUAAGUACUGGUACUGGUGCACUUUCCAUGGCGGAUAGUAAAAAUAAGCAAGUAUAAUAGAGUACGUUUAAUAAUGAAGUGUCAUAUAAAUAUAUAAUAUAUGAAACACAUAUGAGCAAUAUAUAUGAUCUACUUCUGUUACUGUGCAUCUGUGUUACGUGUUAGAUCAUCUCAAAGAUGGGAGUCUAGAGAGACUGGAGAUUCGACGUGAUGAAACACUGAUCAAGCUGGUGCAACUAUGGUUUGUUUGUGAUCUGAUAUUGAUGAUUAUGGUUUAUUAUAAUUAUUAUUAUUAUAUGGAUAGACAUGAUGAAGUCGUGUCGUAUUGGCUAUCGUUUUGUUACUUUCUUUGUUUUUUUGGCGACUGAUAGCGUUUAAUUAUUUAAUUAAUGGGUUUUGUUUUGUUUUGUUUUUUUGGGGGAGGGGGUAAAACAUAUGCUUUAACGAGUAAUUAUAAUAUUAUAAUAUAAAGUAGGGGAAGUACCCAUAUGUAGACCCUAUAAUACGGAUAUAUAACUACUGUAUAACUUUUGACCAACGUUGUUUAAUUAUCAGCAACUCUAUCUGCUGGGAUUUGGCAGCGGCACA